AUGCUCAAUCUGUCCGUACGAGAACUUCCCGCAUGUGAACACAUUCAACGCGUUCUAGUCGAUUUAGAGUUGACAGGGCCUAGUCGCAAAAGGUUCAGCCAAGCACUCGUGUUGAUAUGUUUCACAAGUACCAACGACGCGCAAAGCUUGGAGGAUCUAUGUGGUUACGACGAAGACGAUGUAAUCGGCCUAGUGAGGCAGAAAAUGCGAGACUUGCAGACUGGCUCUGACGACGACACAUGGAAGCACCAAGUUGCAUUAAUUCGAUGUGUCUUGGAGCAGUCUCAUGCUAUGAAGAGCUACCAUCAACAAGAGAUUUUCGAUUGCACUCGGACAUUUCAGCAAAACCGGAAGACAUACCUGUCUAUGGUCGGUAUCGGGUCUGAGGUAACCUAUGUGGAGAUCGCCAAGCUUGCAGGAAUCAUCAGACAAUGCAAGUUGCUACAGAGGGAACCAAGCAUGGACAAUCUACAACAAUUUCUGCGACCAGAGUAUUUACCUAUUCGCACACGCGAGAGUCUGCCAUGGGAAGCGCAAUGUGGCCUUUCCUAUGGGGAUGCUCAGAAGUUCACGGCAUUUACCGCUAGCGUUGCGCGCGAGUUCAGUUGCACUUGGGACGACGAUCAUGAGGCCCUCUUCAUCAUCUUUCGACGCCUCCAAAGUACUCGACUAGGGCUUCCUGAGGACUAUUUGCACCCCGUACGCAAUCGUCUCCGGAACAGCAUUCGAGAUUGCCAAACGCCGAGCCGGCUAGUGUUGUAUGUGGUUGCCUCCUUCGCUUUGAGCAAGGAUGAGCUGACUCAACACUCCAUACAUGAGUUUCUGAAUCUGCAGACCAACAAUGUAUCGCGUGCGACGAUCAACUCCUUGGCCCGCGCGUUAGACAAGUCUAUGAGGUCCUGGCCUAUAUGGAGAGGGCAGGCUGCGAAGUUCAUGUCGGUUCUGUUGGGGGAGGCGGUUAACGUCAAGGACAUGAGAAACAUGUGUACCAAAGAAGGAAGCACAUGCAUUGACUGGGAUGACUAUUGGUAUACAAGAUUUGAUGGCCAGACUAGCCAUGAUUCUGCAAAAGCUAUUAUGGCUUAUACGGACGAUUUCGGAGACGAUUUGCGUGACCACGCCAUGGGGUUCAACCAAGGUUUCCGUGAUGCGCAACAUCUGUGGAGCCGGCAUAUGGGCAAAAACUCCGUGUGUCUGAGCCAAGAGGUAGUAGGGGUCAUUCGCGAUUGGAACAGGUGGGAGUGGCCCAAGGCCGACAAAGUCGUAUUGCGCGAAGCUCUGAUGCAUUUGAGGAGGGCUAUUCACGAAACAGCUAGACGCCAUGAUGUCUCGGUGAAAACUUGGUAUUUGUCUGACGAGGAAAAGUGUUGGGAGCUCUAUGUGUUCAUUCGAGAUCUGUCUAUUUCUGAAGAACGUUAUGGUGAGCUUUCGGCGGGGCACAGAGUCAAGCUCACAGACGAGGAGGAGUAG